AUGGGAAUAAGUCUUCAACUCUGCGAUGUAACUACAACUUUGGCCUUCGCGUGUUUCAACGCCUGGAGCGGUGCUGAUGCCCUUCGGCUUCUGUGCUCGGGGCUGCAGCAGCAGCCAAAAUUUCCGCUCUUGAUUUUGAGAGUGGAGCAGCGGUCACUGCAAAGACAGAAGGCGGUGGAGGACGUUGAUGGGCAGCGUUGUCUGACAAAUCGCCCUGCCGUCGGUUGGGCGCUUUGCUGGGGUGUACAGACACCCCAGGUGCUGCAAAUGAGCGCAGCGAGCCCCAAGGACGACGACAAUAACAGUAAGACCUCUCCAGGCCGGCGAGCUUCAGUGGGUGGCCCCCCCGGGAGGAGGAGAAGCCUAGCCCCAGAGGAAUGUUUGUCUGUUCCUUCUCUGCCCUCCUCUCCUGCCUCUUCUCUCCCUCGCGCUAUGGCUGGCCAAGCAAGUAAGCCUUCAACGGAGGAGCGCUUCCCCCUUGUGGCCAAGGGGACCUUCCAGGACUUGGAAACGGGUGAAGGGGCUCUCGAUGCACCCGAUGGGGGGCCCCCCGCGGCUCCCCACAACCUUUCUUGGGGGGGUUGGAGACGCAACAGCAACAGUUGCAGCAACAGCAGCACAGAGAGACAGCAGCAGGGGAAUACAUCUGCCUCUCAACCCCCGCUCAACCCUCAAGCGCCAACCCCGAUGACGGGCUCCUCAUCCUCUCCGGGCUCCCGCUCCCCCUCGGACGAAAGGUUUCGCCGCUGGUGGAGAUUCUUUGGCCUUGAGCCUCUCGCGCAGGAGCAGCAGAGGCAGGAGCAGGAGCAGCCGCAGCAGCAGCUGCAGCAGCAGCAGCCGCAACAGCAGCAAGGGCACCAGCAACAGCAGCACCCGCGAGUUGACGUGCGCUUCACAUCCGUUGUUUUUCUGAUUUUCUUUGCGCUCGAGAUUUUUGUCAACUUUGAUUGCGGGGCAAUUCCCUGCACGCUGUCCCGCAUGGCAGAUGAAUUUCGCCUCUCCCCCACUUGGCAAGGCAUGUUGGGGGCCUUGCCCUACGUGGGCCUGACAUUGAUGUCUCCUUUCGCCGGUCGCGUCUUCGCCUAUUGGCCUGCCAAACGCGUCGUUGUAAUUUCGAUGGCUUUAAAUGCGUUUGCUACCCUUCUGAUGGUGCUGACGGUGCUGCUGCCGCAGGAGGUGCUGCCGCUCACCAGCAGCGGCGGCAUCGGCAGCGGCGAGAAUGGUAGCGGCUUCGCAGGCGGUGCUGCACCCACCGACCUGGCUGCCGCUGCUGCUACUCCGGCGGCGGAGGGUGCUCCUGGUUCAAUGUCUGCUGCAGCAGCAGAAGCUGCUGCUGCUGCAACGUCGACGCGUCCGUUUUUUCGUCUCCCAGACUUCUCCUUUGGGGACCUGACUCCCUGUGCGCUGCUGCUGCUCUCAAGCAGAUUGCUGGUGGGGCUCACGCAGGCCCCAUUUGUAAUAUUUGCUCCUGUCUGGGUGGACGAGUUCGCCCCCCCGAAGAAAGCAGCCCUCUGGAUGGGAAUCAUGCAGGGGGCGGCCGUCGUAGGAGUCACUGUGGGUUAUUUGGCUGCCGGGGUUUUGUCUGUGUAUUUGGGCUUGAACUGGCGCUCGGCGAUCUGCUUUCAAGUCUUCUUCCUUUUCCUCCUGACGGGGCUCGUUGCCAGCAUUCCCUGGCAGUAUGUACAGACACCUGGGGGCCCAAGGCCCCCUAAGUGCAUCCAGGAGGCCACGCCCGCAGCAGACCAGUCGAAUGACGAGCAGCAGCAGCAGGACCAGCAGCUGCAGCAGCGGGAAGGGGAGCAGGAUCAACCGCCCCGCGAACUGUCUGCGGCAGCAGGUGGCGGUGGAGCGAUAGAAAGCAGCGCAAGCCACAGUCCACAAGCAGCAAUGACAGGAGGGACUCACAGGAGGAAAUCGGCAGAUGCUGGGAGGCGGCCGCCAGACGGCAGCCGCAACUCAGGGGCAUGGCCGUCUCCCCCCUCUGCAGGGGACGUUGCGCCAGCAGUUGGUAGCCGUAGAAAUGCAUCUUUGAAGCUGCUGCUAACACCGAUGUACAUGCUCCCUGUGCUGACGCUGUGUGCAUUGUUAUUCGUCGUGACAGGGGUUCAGUUCUGGGGCACGAUAUUCUUUGCUUCGUUUCUGGGGUUGAGCCCUGCAGCAGCCGUGGGGGCAUUUGCUGCUGUUGCUGCAACUUCGCCUGUGGUUGGGGUCCUGAUGGGCGGCCUGACUGUUGAUGCAGUUGGCGGCUACAAGACACUGAAAGGCCGCACUCGAACGCUUGUUGCAUGCACUGCUUAUGCUGCUAUCGCCGUUGCAUGCGCGGUAAUCGGCAGUUUUUCUUCGCGGGUGUAUGUAUGCGUGGCCUGUUUGUGGCUGCUGCUCUGCUUUGGGGCUGCGAUGCUCCCCCCGCUGACGGGCAUCCAAAUUGAUGCUGUCUCCCCGGACCUGCGGACGUUGGCGAGCGGCAUUUCGAUGUUCUUUUAUAACAUAUUGGGCUACGCUUUAGGGGCAUUUCUGCCUGGAGUGGCAAUGGACUUGUUUCACGGUGGAGACGUCUUGGGUCUAAGGCUGGUGCUUCUCUGGUCAGUCUUUGGCCUUGUGUUUUCAUUAAUUACUGCGCUGUACGCUUGGAAGUUGGAGAGAAAGGAAACCGCAGCGGCAUCUCGGGAGCUCGAGCUGUCUGUACACCCCACCGCAGAAACCCCCGCAUUCACCGCAACCGCCCCACAGCCCAUUCGCCCCAAAAGGCCCCGCAGCGCACGGGGCUUCGUGCCCAUUACUGUGGAUUCAGUCUGGCAGCAGCAGCAGCAAGCCUAG